AUGUCCAUCACAUCCUCAUCCCCACCGUACGAAGAUGUUGAAUUGAAUCUGAAUUUAAUAGAAGAACAAGCUUCUCGUCUGAUUUGCGUUGUUAAACCUCAUUGGGCUACUAAAAAGUUAACAUACACAAAAUUGACCGAUGGCGUUUCAAACGCUCUUCUCGCUAUGUUUCCCACAUCGACCGAUAAUUCUGAUGACGAUAUCAAACAUGGUCUUAUAUGUAAAAUCUACGGAAAUAACUCCGAUUUAGUUAUCGAUCGAGAAAUGGAAAUUUGUACAAUGGUUGAAUUAGCCAAAUAUAACUUUGCAAAUGAAAUAUUAUUAAGAUUUAAAAAUGGAUUUUUCUAUACCUAUGAGCCUGGAAAAACGAUUAAUCACAUACUUGCACUUGAUGACUGUAUAUCAUCGUUAAUCGCUCGUCGUCUAGCUGAAUUUCAUUCUAUCACACCAAAACUAGAAUUCCAUCAUAAACGUGAAAAUUAUUGUCAAUUACCAGAAAAAUUACUCCAUUAUUUUAAUUUGUUAAGUGGUACAAAUAGUGAAAUAUAUCAGCGUUUAGCUAAGGCAUCUAGUACAAGUACUACGACGACAGCAUCGGCUCUUCUCUCAUCUGUGAAACAACUUCUCGGUUAUUCAUCCCAAUUAACAAUGAAUAAAAUCGAAGAAAGAAUAAAUUAUAAACUUGCAGAUAUUGAAAAUGAUAUAAAACAAAUUGAUAUUAUUUUUAGAAAUCAAUGGUCACAUAUUCAAGUUGUUUAUUGUCAUAAUGAUACUCAAUGUCGAAAUUUUCUCUAUGAUGAAAAACUUAAAAAAAUUAAUAUUAUCGAUUUUGAACAUUGCAUGUAUAACUACUGGAUCUUUGAUAUUACAAAUCAUUUUCUCGAAUUUGCUGGCCUGUCCAAUCCCGAUUGGUCAUUGUAUCCAGAUCGAAAAUUUCAAAAAAAAUGGCUGAAAACCUAUUUAGAAUAUGCUGAAUUUUUACCCGACUAUAUUCCAAUAACAACAGCAACACAAAAUGGAGUUAAUAAAUCAAAACCAAGCAAUAUUGAAUUAGACUAUUUAUGUGACCUAAUUGGAAAAAUGAUUGCACCAUGUCAUCUUUACUGGGCUCUAUGGGCAUUUUUGGAAAGUCUACUGAAUCAGACGUCCACAGAUUUUGAUUAUUUAGCUUAUGGAAAAAUUCGUUUUGAACAAUACUUGGCACACAAAGAAGCGUUUUUUGAAUCUACCCUAGCUGAAUUACCGAAACACACAUCAGCUACUUGA